AUGGAUAUUUCAUAUGAGACAGUCUUCAGAUCGUUGACAGGGGUCGCACAGGCUACUAAGGCUGCUUCUGAUGAAAUUGACACAAUCAAACAGCUGCUGUCUCCAGGCAACGAAGGCAGUGAGACCAAAACGAAAUCGGCCAGUCUUUCUUUUCAGGACUGGCAAGUCAUCAUCCAGCAAAAUGUCACAGGAAUGGCCGGGGCAGCCGUCCAUAUUGCACUCGUCGCAGUAGCAGUGUCAUUGCUCCGCGAAACAGCACGCCAAAACCAGCCCGCAACAGCAGACGACAUCAGCCAAUGCUGGGCCAUCAUCCGCGACGCCCUCACAUCAACAUCUUCCCGAACACUGUUCACCGCUUCUCGCAGCGCACAAGGCUUUCUCUCAGUCCCAUUGUGCAGCUUGGUCAAGGACGGCAGCAUCGACGAGCUCAUUCGCCUGCACGUCUGGAUGCCGGACGGCAAGCGCGGGAACCCCGAUUUUCACUUACACUCUCACCAGCCGUUUGCGCAGAGCUGGGUCUUGGCAGGGCAGGGCGUGGAUCACUCCUAUCAAGUUGAUCCUGUCGAGGAGCCAGAAGAAGCCACGCACGCAGGGUAUGCACUUGCGUGGAACGACGGCAAGGGGGCGGAUACUGUGUACAAGACACAUCAGGCAUCUUCUACUGUGCAGAACACGGGGAAGCUCUUCCGAGCUAGAAAGAUUCAUUCAGAGACUCAUGCUAGGGGGUCAACGUACACAGUUCCGGCCGCCGAGUUCCACGUCUCAGAAGUUGCACCAGAUGCUUUACAUGCGACUAUCUUCUUCUUUGAUUCACACCGUGGCUUUGUGAAGGAUGCCGGAGUUCUUGGGCCAAAGGAUGGGGAUUCAUUUACACAAUUACGAGAUCCGGCUGGAGUGAUGCCCGCAGAGCUUGCCGAAGCUGUGAACCAAGCUAGAUUACGAGAGGCAUUAGACUGA